CACCCAGAACCCUAGUCAUUCAUCGUCCCAGACAAAAUCAAUACCACUAUAAAUCCUAAAAACAAAACCCUAGCCUCAUCCUCCACCCAAAAAGAAGAGAGAGAGAAGAUGAAGUACAAUCCGAGGGUCUCGAGCUCCCGCCGCAAGAGCCGCAAGGCCCACUUCACGGCGCCGUCGAGCGCCCGCCGCGUGCUUAUGAGCGCGCCGCUCUCCUCAGACCUCCGGUCCAAGUACAACGUCCGGUCCAUGCCCGUCCGCAAGGACGACGAGGUCCAGGUGGUACGCGGGACCUACAAGGGCCGCGAGGGCAAGGUGGUGCAGGUCUACCGCAAGAAGUGGGUGAUCCACAUCGAGCGCAUCACGCGUGAGAAGGUGAACGGCUCGACGGUCAACGUCGGGAUCAAUCCGUCCAAGGUGGUGGUGACGAAGCUGAGACUGGAUAAGGAUCGCAAGUCGCUUCUGGACCGGAAGGCCAAGGGCCGGGCCGCGGCUGACAAGGAUAAGGGCGCCAAGUUCACUGCCGAGGAUAUCAUGCAGAGCAUCGACUGAUUUGGAUAUGUGUUGGUAGUUCUGUUUAUUGAGCUGAGUAUGUUUUGAGGAUUUUACUGUUUUUUGAUGUAUUUGAUUUGGAUGCUAGGGUUUAUGAAAAUUUGAUUCUGUUUGAGGCUUA